AUGUGGCGUGACGAAUAUUUAACUUCUUUAAUGGAACAAAAUGUUACGAAAAUAAAGCAACCCAGGGUCACUAGUCAAACUAUACCGCGAAUUGGUGACAAAGUAUUAGUAGCCGAUAACCUGCCACGUGCUCAGUGGAGGUUAGGAAAAAUCGUAAAUCUUAAUAUUAGUCGCGACAAUGAAAUUCGCUUGGCUGCUCUAAGGUUGUCAAAUAAGCAGCUAAUCACUAGGCCAUUAAAUCUUUUACAUCCGCUCAAAAUUAACAACUGUAGUUCUACACCGCCUAGUACCCUACCAAACUCCCAUAAUGUUGCAGAUUCGUCACAUUCUUCUACUGAAAAACCUAGUCGUAAAGCAGCAGAAAUCGCCAAACAGAAAAUCACUCAUUUGUAUGGCAGAGAGCUGGUCUAG